GGUAACAAUGCAGCUUAAGCUCAUAUUUAUCACCCGAGGGGUUAAAGAUUUGUGUGGGAAUCCCCGCAGUUAAAGACGAGCUCCAGAGGCGGUGAGAAACGAGGCGGUAACCAUUCCUAUUCAGAGUUUCGAAGCUUGCAUCAUGCCCGGAACUGCCAGAUUAUAUUAAACAACCACUUGUAAAAAGAGAUAAGUGUAACGUUACACAAUCACAAUUUUAAUGCAACAAAAUCUAGUGGGAGGUCAACAAAUUUUGUUUGACGCUGCCCAUGCAGCUAGACUAGUAGGAUUGUGCAGUGGAUACACCAGUGAAUGCUCCUCUCCAACAGAUUUGCUGAAGCAAGAAUAGAGACUAGCUGGCUGGCUACGCGAUGCGAGAAUGGUGUUAGCCUACACCGCUUUACGGGAAGAAAAUAAAUUCACCAUUCAAGUAUGUUACAACGGCAGAAGCAGUAAUACUAAUUAAAACUGUAGAUCUAGUGUUUUUUUCGCUACACAAUCAGCCCAGUGGAUAUCGAAAUAGGAUAGCUAACCAGCUAACAUUAGCUCCGGUUGCUAAAGUGAUUAGAGUAGCUAUCAGCCUUUGAGGCGUAAACAGAAACCCGUGACAGGAAGAGCCCGUAAUAUCUGCUCUUGCUGCUGUCGGAGCUUCCAUCGACCCUCCCAACUGAACCCCGUGAUCAACAAAACAGCACAACAGAGUGGAGGAAAAAUGGCGAGCGGGGAGGAGGCUGGACACCGCUCUGUUUCCUCCUCUUCGGUGGGCCUGGAGUCACUGUUCCCAGGCGAGGAAGGCGAAGAAGCUGGCGUGGAAGGGAGCCCGGAGCUCGUACAACUGCGAGAGCGACUUCAGGGUUGGCUGUCACCAUACGAGCCCGUAAUGUUGUGGAUGCAGCGGCUGCUGGUGUGGGAGAGGCCGCUGCACAGCAUCUUCGUUGCAUUUACCCUGAACACCGCUUUCUGGCUUCUGUCGUCCACGUCCGUGCGACCUGUUUUUCUCCUGAGUAUGGCUCUUCUUGGACUAGUGCUUCUGGACAGGUGGAAGCAUAAAUUGCCCAAUCUCACAGCCCAGUUUCCAGAGGCACCCGUCAGUCAAAGGGAGAGCGUGACGGUGCAGCCCCGGCUCCUCAGUGUUCCGGAACUCAGCCACCACCUGGCGGAGAGCUACCUCACCUGCAGCUUGUACCUCCAGGAGGCGCUGCAGUACAAACGGCUGAACCACGGCAAGUUCUGUGUGGUGGUGUGUGCAGGCUGCGUGGUUCUGGCUGUUGUGGGGCAUUACGUACCAGGAGUUAUGAUUUCCUACAUCAUACUGCUGAGCGUGCUGGUUUGGCCCCUGGUGGUCUACCACGAGCUGAUCCAAAAAAUGUACACGGGGCUGGAGCCCAUCCUGAUGAAACUGGACUACAGCAUGAAGGGGGACACGCAGCCACACAAGAAGAAGGUGAAGAAGGAGUCGGAGGACGGGGCCGAGCCGCUGGUGGAGACGGGGAGCGAGAGUGAAGAGGAGCUGUCCUGCUUCGCCCCCACGGUGGACGUUAAGACCACCGCCCUGGCCAUGGCCAUCACCGACUCGGAGCUCUCGGACGAGGAGGCGUCCAUCUUGGAGAGCGGCGGGUUCUCCGUGUCCAGAGCCACGACCCCGCAGCUCACCGACGUCUCUGAAGUCCAGGUCGUGUCUGUGAGUGCGUUCUCUGGCUGUGACGCUGCAGAUCUGGACGUGCAGAGCGUGCACAGUGAGCAUGAGGAGGCCUUCUCCAGUGACCUGCCGGAGUUCCCGUCCGUGGAGGAGUUCUCCAUCGAGCAGAACCUGCUCCAGUUCCCCCUGCGGUCGGCCGCCCCGGACCGGGGCGAGGGGGCCGCCGCUGACCCCCCCGGGCCGGAGCCCCAGAGCCCCGCCAGCCUGCUGAUCCAGCACCUGGCGUCCCCGCUCCACUUCGUCAACUCGCACUUCAACGGGCACGGCCGGCAGGCGGGCGGGGCCGAGGCGGGCCGGCAGGCCGGGGGGGCGGGCCGGCAGGCGGGGGGGGCGACGGGCCCCAGCCCCGCCCUGGAGGCCCUGAGCGAGGAGAUGGUGAGCACGGCCAUCUCCAGCGUGGUGCGCAGCACGCUCUCCGCCCUGCUGCGCUCCAGCGAGGCCAGCGAGGGUCCCGCCAUCGCCGAGUUCCUGCCGGACGAGACCCCGCCGGCCCCCGAGUCCGAGCCCGAACCCGCACCCCAACCCGAGGACCCCGCCGCCGAGAGGGCCGAGAGGGACCAGACCGCGGACACGCCCACCGACACGCCCACUCCCGCCGACACGCCCACCCCCGCCGAGGAGGAGGACUUCGAGCUGCUGGACCAAAGUGAACUGGAGCUGAUGGACAGGGAGCUGGGCCUGAGCUCUGAGGGACAGGAAACUGCUGUAGCCCCGCCCACGCAGAUAGCCCCUCCCACCCAGCACCCCGAGGAGUCCUAGCUUCCUCACUGCUUGUAGUUUCGUUUAUUUAUAGUAAUAUAUAUAAAUAUAUACACACACACACACACACACACACACACACACAUACAUACAUUUGCACGCACUGGUAUACCCUUUCUUCUGCCGUAGGUCAGAUUGCGUACUGGGGGGGGGGUGGAGGGGGUGUGGCUAUGGCUGAGUAAUGCCCAUGUCACCUAUGUCCAGAACCGGCCCUGAAGACACACACACACACACGCGCAUGCGCGCGCACACACACACACACACGCAUGCACACAAACACUCACACAAACACACCAAAAAUUUACCAACAUACUCCCUUGAUGUGGUUUUUCUUUUUGAUGAGUUUUAAGUUUACUACUGUGGGUUUGUCUCUUUCCUUUUUGUUUUUUGAUUGGGGAGGGAAAACAAAAUUUGACCAUCUACUCACCGAAUAGCCGCACACUGACAGUUGACUUCGAAUCCGGGGCUUGAUGGAAGCUCGCGAUAGGCCAGACCUGAUCUUCCAGUUGAAAGCGCAGGCCACGAACUGCAAGUCAUGGGCAGGUUUCAGUCGUACCGGUCCCAGCUACGUCAUAGUUUGGGCCAACCCAAAAGUAGGAUAACUGUUGAUGCAUAAAUGAAGGAAGACAUUUUGUUAUGACAACAGCACUGAUGGUAUUAUAUAUAUAUUUUUAACAUGCCUAUAGUUUGACAUAAAAAUUGAAAUGAAAUAUUGGAAGUUGUAUGUAUAGACUAGGUCAGUAUUUAUCCUAUAGCCCUUUGAGCGGUGCGUGUAUAUAGUGUACAGUUCAGGGUUUGGGGUUGUUGCAUUUUGAGGAGUAGAAGUGUUGGAAGACAGACUCCUGUUUUGAGAUGACACACAUUUUUUAUGGGAUGUUCAGCCAGAUCCGUUGAAACCAAAUGCUUUGCAGAUCGGAUCAUGAUUUAGCUGGCCAGCUUUUAAAGCAGGAAAUUGCACUACUUGGAAUAAAUGCCCUGGGUGUUUUGGUGAUUAUCGGAACGGGCUUCUGAGAACUGACAGAGCAGCAGCAGAUCCCUAAUUUGUGUGGACUUUGGAUUGUCCCUUAUCGGGUGGCGCAGUUGGUCUUUUUCAUUAUAUUUAUGCAUUAUGGUCCUCUGGAAAAAGCCAGCAGUUUCUGUUAAACUGAAACCAAGAGCAGUCCGGUUGUGACGGCCUCGUGUGUGCAUAAGAACCUGAUGUUGGGUAAAUAUUUGGCAGGUUCUCGUCACGUCUGACUACUCGGUAUUCCUGAGUCAGAAGAGCCACUGGCUGUUUGCAAAGCAUCUAGUUUGGAGAUCAGUGUGGAGCGUGCACACAAAUAAACUGAGGUGAUCGUUCACACUAAACAGGAAAUGGGGGGGGGGGGAGAGGGGGAGGGGGGGAGCGGGGGAGUUCAUUGGAACCUCAUUUGACCCAAACUGACGCCUAUCCCUCUCGAUUUGUCUUGGUUUUCUGGUACUGUAGUAAAAAGAAAAAAAAAAAAGAAGGGAACAAUAAAAUAGUUUGCAGUGAUUUGUCAUGGAAAAUGAAAGGUUGUUUCUUUUUAAAAGAAUAUUUGCUGUUAAGCCGUCCUGCAAUCUGAUGUUACCUAUUCCGUCACAAUAAAUGCCAAGACGAGUUUGAAGCGGAUAUGAAAUGGUGAACUGGAGUAAUAAUUGUCACAAACGUGUGUCUUAGAGCCAGGGAUAUUGAGAAUGUGCAGAGGUACCCAUUUGCAUGUCCUUCCAGACGUUUGAAAUGAAGUUGCAGAAGAGGAAAUCCGGUGGUGCGUGCAGGUGGGGGAACGUGCUUUCUGAAUAUCAGGGCUGCACUGUACUGCAGGGUGUCCCGGCCAGGCUUUGAAACUGCAUUUUGGAACGGUCGAAUUAAUCGGUUAAAUGACUUGUACGUAAAUAAUGUAUCUUACUUGUACAGUGCAUCGCAGCUCUAUACUGUUCCUUUGGUAGAUUAAGAAAGCUGUUGCUUUCAAACAGCCGUCCAGGACAAGGGUUGGACUCCUUUUGUGAUCUGUCUUUUAGAUUUCCUUUUUUUUUUUUUUUUUUUUUUAAGACUGUAGCAGCACAUGUACUUUGUGAAUUAGACCUCUACUUUUUAUGUACAAGGGCGUUUACUGCCCCCGUUGACCUUCUGAAACACACGCCUCAAAUGACAAUGCGCACCAAGCGAAUGCGAGUAAAUGUAACAUCUGUUAACGAAACAGACCAACGCAGACCAAAUUGUGUCCAGAAAUGUGCAUGGUUUGCAACUCGAUUAGAAUCAAAAUUGGGUUUGGUCAAAAAAAAAUGCUUGCUUGCAUCCAAUCUGCGGCUUGAACAAGCCAUGUUAAACAAUCUUGAAAUGGUCUUGGAUGCUGUAGUAUCUUCCAGAUGUACUAACGUGGAAUGAGGUGUCUGUAUUAUUGGGUUGUAUUAAUCUUAAAGAACUGAAUUGUUUUCCCCCUAACAAUGUAAUCUAAUUAAUUAUACAAUGUGUCUAAAAGGUCAGAUUUAAAAAGUUAUUUAAAGUCCUUUUGAUACUUAUGUAUUGUAGAAAUGUGCUUGUUUGCUUUUUCUGCUUCCUAAUAUAUAAAAAGCACUUAAACCAGA